GUAAGCGGCACACCCACUUCAAAAAAUUCUACAAAGGACCAGAUGAUUGGGAUGAGGUCCUAAAGAAUCCACCUAAAGAUGUCAACGCCGAUGAGUGGAAACAAAUUUGUGAGUUUUUUAGGAGUCCAGAGUUUAUUGCGCGCUCAGUGAAGAACAAAAUAAAUCGAGACCAAAUGAAGUACUCUACAACACAAGGAACGAAAUCAUUAGCGGCCACUCGUCACGAAAAAUUGAAUCCGAACCUCAUUGAGGAAUGGAAGGAGUAUCACUGGACAAAAAAGAAUAAGAGUUUUGUCAACGAGGAUGCUGAACGAGAUUAUGUUAAGUUAAAGUCAACUCUUGAAGCUGAGACUCAACAGACAGUUGAAUCUGGUACCGAUGAUUCUUCCUCGGUCGAUCAAAUGAAGAUACUAAGUCAAGUUCUUGGUGAAAGGCGAGGCCACCAGCGAGGAGUUGGCCGCACAUUAAAGGGAAAAUCAUUAACCCGUCCAUCUCAAAGAUCUCAAUCUCAGGCACCACCUCAACAACUGACUGAGGAAACACGUGAAUUGGUUGACAUUGUGAAGGUCAUGAAUGAACAACUUCAGUACGUGUGUCAGCAACUUCCGCCUGAAAAACGUCCAACAACAAACGUGGAUAUACAGAAUACAUAUCAACGGUUUUUCGAGAAGUAUGUCAGCUCAUCUUCUGAAACUCAGACACAGCACACGUCUCAAGCUUCAGCUUCUCGGCCUUCACCAGGCCAUCCCGACACGUCUGCACCAAAUUUGCCAUCUCAACCUUCGGCUAAUCCAUAUAUGUAUCAAUGGCCGAUGCCUCCGUACCCUCAGGCUUAUCAUCCUCAUAUGGGUGGACCUUCUUCCCAACCCUCGCCUCUUCAUAUGAGUGGAUCGGUGUCUCAACCACCGCCAUAUCCUUAUCCUUAUCCAUACAUAUAUGGACCUGGAGGAUCGUCAUUACCUCCACAGUAUCCAUGGUCGAUGCCUCCGCACACACCACAAGCACCGCAGCCACCGCCGCCACAACCGCAAGCACCAGAAGAAGGGGACAAUACAGAUGACGUUGAUGGUUGA